UGUCGACGGUGUCGCACGGCAGUGAACCCGGUGCAAUUUAUUUUUGAACUCAAACCAUGGCGCUGAGAAAUAUCGCUUGAAUUUUUGCCCAUAAGACCGCGUGACUUGUCCGAUUUCAUUUCUUCGGUGAAGAGUUCGAGUGAAUAUGUGCAGGCUUUGAAGGCUUCCGGGGUAAACCGGAUGUUGAGUGUUCGCCAUUCCGUCGACGUUUAAACAGCAAUCACGAAGAGCCAAUGUCCGAUUCGUCCCAAUCUAGAGGUAACCGUUGUCUUCUCAAGCCGUGAGAAGCGUCUUCGUCUCCGGUCCUCAUCUCGCCCCGAAGAUCCUGACCUCCGGUUCUGUUAGGACUGCGUUUUCUCCGGUACCAUUCGGGAAAGAAAGAUCCAAAUUCAACCGCAAAACCGGUGUCUGUCAUUCCACGCCAAAGUGCAGUGCCUGUGGUCUUGAUACUGUCGUCAGUUGGAUAAGGAGACAGAGACUUUUUUGAAUCUUGUGGAUCUUGCCGUGAUCAUUCCACGUCUGAGGGUAAAAUGUUCGUCGAAAAUAAUCGACUGGCCAUCGCUUUUGCACUGGUGGUUUGCUUGCUGGCAGCGUUAUUGCAGUUAUCGGACUGCCGGCCGCACAUUCGUCAUCACCGAGGCGAUUCUCGGUGCAGACGUUGCGAGCCAGGAUGGGGGAUGACGUCGCGAUGCUCGAAGGGCCGAGACACGGAAUGUGGAAAAUGCACGAAGGGCACUUACAGCCCUCACCACAGCGUCCACCCCUGCUGGAUAUGCUCGAGAUGCGGUCCAGGACUCUACGAGGCUCAUCCUUGCACGAGCCGCGCCGACACGGUCUGCGACUCUUGUCACCGGGGCCCGGACGAGGCCUCGGAGAACCCCGACUUCCGCCGGAAGUGCAAGGGCCUCAACUUCUUCCUGGCUCCCGAGGACGCCGCCAACACCGGGGAACAGAGCGUCCUGGUUAACGAGCCCGAGGAGAGGUUCGACAUGGAUGGCAGGGAAAUUAUACUCCGAGAGGACGUCGAGGCUGCCGCCGGUGCUCAAUUGCGGAAUAUCAAUUAUUGACGG